AUGGCUCCGUUACAGAUGCUAGGUCCGGCAGCUGCCGACUACGCUACUUGGACUCGGUUCCGUCAGGAGAUCAGGAAACGCUUCUUAAGCACUCAGGAGGCUAUGGAAAACGCGAUGAAAAUGCAGCAGUUUAUGUACUCUGCUAACAUCGGGGACUAUCUGACGAGAAUGGAGAUCAUGAACCAGCAUGCUCAGAUGAAAGGAGCAUCCUAUCGCGCCGCCCUGCUCCAAGGGCUACCAAAUGAAAUCCGGGAGCGCCACUCACGUUUCGAUCCAACCGAUGACGACUCCGAGUACAUCCAACAGUUGGAACGAGCCGGCAAGGCUCACGAGGCUUAUCAAGAGCAGAUGAAGAUGUUGGGGAAAGCGGAGUCGAGGGGAAGGGAGUCGAAUAACGGUGGGAACUCGCGGCAGAAGGAGAAGGGGUUUAAGAUCAAGGGGAGGGCUCAGACCGAGGAGAAGGAAAAAGGGCAAGAGAAGAAGAGCACCAGCAAGAACAAGUCGGGGAAUAAGCCAAUAUACCACGACUACGACGAAGCCACCAAAGGAGUUCCACAGCCGGUCCGAGAACAGCGAAAGACCGAUGGAGCCUGUGUGCGAUGUGGCCGAAAGGGUCAUCUUUGGAAGUGGUGUCGUUCAGAUGCUAAUAGCAGUGCAUCUAUCUCCUCUUUCUCCCGAAAGCGUACCCGCGAUGACGAUGGCGACCACGAUAUGGAACCACCGGAACCCCAACCUCAGAGAAAGCGAAUGAGGCACCGUGCUAGAAAGCCGGCUGCUACGGCUGCUGCGGAGUACACCAGUGGGCAAGCGUUCGUACGAGAACGCGGAUCGGAAUCUGAGAUGGAUUUCGAUAUGGAUUUUUAG